AUGUCGCGCUCCGUGCUGCAGCCCAGCCAGCAGAAGCUGGCGGAGAAGCUCACCAUCCUCAACGACCGGGGCGUCGGCAUGCUCACCCGGCUCUACAACAUCAAGAAGGCAUGUGGAGACCCCAAGGCAAAGCCAUCCUACCUUAUUGACAAAAAUCUGGAAUCUGCUGUGAAAUUCAUAGUCAGAAAGUUCCCUGCUGUAGAAACCCGCAACAACAAUCAACAGCUUGCACAGCUACAGAAAGAAAAAUCGGAGAUUCUGAAAAAUUUGGCAUUAUAUUACUUCACAUUUGUAGAUGUCAUGGAAUUUAAGGACCAUGUUUGUGAAUUGCUCAAUACUAUGGAUGUUUGCCAGGUCUUCUUCGAUAUAACUGUAAACUUUGAUUUAACAAAGAACUACUUAGAUUUGAUCAUAACCUAUACAACACUAAUGAUACUGCUCUCUCGAAUUGAAGAAAGGAAGGCAAUCAUUGGAUUGUACAACUACGCUCAUGAAAUGACCCAUGGAGCAAGUGACCGAGAAUAUCCACGCCUUGGUCAGAUGAUUGUGGAUUAUGAAAACCCUUUAAAGAAGAUGAUGGAAGAAUUUGUGCCCCAUAGUAAGUCUCUUUCAGAUGCACUGAUUUCUCUUCAGAUGGUGUAUCCUCGAAGGAAUCUUUCAGCCGACCAGUGGAGAAAUGCCCAAUUAUUGAGUCUCAUCAGUGCACCCAGUACAAUGCUUAAUCCUGCACAGUCUGAUACUAUGCCUUGUGAAUAUCUCUCUUUGGAUGCAAUGGAAAAAUGGAUUAUCUUUGGCUUUAUUUUGUGCCACGGGAUCCUCAAUACUGAUGCAACAGCACUGAAUCUUUGGAAGUUAGCUCUUCAAAGUAGCUCUUGCCUCUCUCUCUUUCGGGAUGAAGUUUUCCACAUUCACAAAGCUGCAGAAGACUUAUUUGUAAACAUACGAGGCUAUAACAAACGUAUUAAUGACAUAAGAGAAUGCAAAGAGGCGGCUGUGUCACAUGCUGGUUCAAUGCAUAGAGAAAGACGCAAAUUUUUAAGGUCUGCACUGAAAGAAUUGGCUACAGUCCUCUCUGAUCAACCUGGCUUGCUAGGUCCCAAGGCACUUUUUGUUUUUAUGGCAUUAUCCUUUGCCCGUGAUGAAAUUAUCUGGCUGCUUCGUCAUGCAGAUAACAUGCCAAAGAAGAGUGCAGAUGACUUUAUAGAUAAGCACAUUGCUGAAUUGAUAUUUUACAUGGAAGAGCUUAGAGCACAUGUAAGGAAAUACGGACCUGUAAUGCAGAGGUAUUAUGUGCAGUACCUUUCUGGCUUUGAUGCUGUAGUCCUCAAUGAACUUGUGCAGAAUCUUUCUGUUUGCCCUGAAGAUGAAUCAAUCAUCAUGUCUUCUUUUGUUAACACUAUGACUUCCCUAAGUGUAAAGCAAGUUGAAGAUGGGGAAGUAUUUGAUUUCAGAGGAAUGAGAUUAGAUUGGUUUAGAUUACAGGCAUAUACUAGUGUCUCUAAGGCUUCGCUUAGCCUUGCAGAUCAUAGAGAACUUGGAAAGAUGAUGAAUACGAUAAUUUUUCAUACAAAAAUGGUGGAUUCCUUGGUGGAAAUGUUGGUGGAAACAUCAGAUCUCUCCAUAUUUUGUUUUUAUAGUCGUGCUUUUGAGAAGAUGUUUCAACAGUGUUUGGAGUUACCCUCUCAGUCAAGAUACUCAAUUGCAUUUCCACUACUUUGCACUCAUUUUAUGAGUUGCACACAUGAACUGUGUCCAGAAGAGCGACAUCAUAUUGGAGAUCGAAGUCUUUCCUUAUGUAACAUGUUUCUGGAUGAAAUGGCUAAACAAGCUCGAAAUCUUAUCACUGAUAUUUGCACAGAACAGUGUACUCUUAGUGACCAGUUGCUGCCCAAGCAUUGUGCCAAAACCAUUAGUCAGGCAGUGAAUAAGAAGUCAAAAAAACAAACUGGUAAAAAAGGGGAACCUGAAAGGGAAAAACCUGGAGUUGAGAGCAUGAGGAAAAACAGGCUGGUAGUGACCAACCUUGAUAAAUUGCACACUGCACUUUCUGAGUUGUGUUUCUCUAUAAAUUAUGUACCAAACAUGGUUGUUUGGGAACAUACCUUUACCCCACGAGAAUAUUUGACUUCUCACCUGGAAAUCCGCUUUACUAAGUCAAUUGUUGGAAUGACUAUGUAUAAUCAAGCCACACAAGAAAUUGCAAAACCAUCAGAGCUUUUAACAAGUGUAAGAGCAUAUAUGACUGUACUGCAGUCGAUAGAAAACUAUGUGCAAAUAGAUAUUACAAGAGUAUUUAAUAAUGUUCUUCUUCAGCAAACACAACAUUUAGACAGUCAUGGAGAGCCAACCAUUACAAGUUUAUACACAAAUUGGUAUUUGGAAACUUUAUUAAGACAAGUCAGCAAUGGUCAUAUAGCUUAUUUCCCUGCAAUGAAAGCAUUUGUGAACUUACCUACAGAAAAUGAAUUAACAUUCAAUGCAGAGGAAUAUUCUGACAUAUCAGAAAUGAGGUCAUUAUCAGAACUGCUAGGCCCAUAUGGUAUGAAGUUCCUAAGUGAAAGCCUUAUGUGGCAUAUUUCUUCACAAGUUGCUGAACUUAAGAAACUUGUGGUGGAGAAUGUUGAUGUGCUAACACAAAUGAGGACCAGCUUUGACAAACCAGACCAGAUGGCUGCACUCUUUAAAAGAUUAUCAUCUGUUGACAGUGUCUUGAAGAGGAUGACAAUAAUUGGUGUAAUUUUAUCCUUUCGCUCAUUGGCACAAGAAGCACUUAGAGAUGUCUUGUCCUACCACAUUCCUUUUCUUGUAAGUUCAAUUGAAGAUUUCAAGGACCACAUUCCAAGGGAAACUGAUAUGAAGGUUGCAAUGAAUGUAUAUGAGUUAUCAUCAGCUGCUGGAUUGCCUUGUGAGAUUGAUCCUGCCCUUGUUGUAGCUCUUUCUUCACAAAAAUCAGAAAACAUAAGUCCAGAAGAAGAAUAUAAAAUUGCCUGUCUCCUCAUGGUCUUUGUGGCAGUUUCUUUGCCAACACUGGCCAGUAAUGUGAUGUCUCAGUAUAGCCCUGCUAUAGAAGGGCAUUGCAACAACAUUCAUUGCUUGGCCAAAGCCAUCAACCAGAUUGCUGCAGCUUUGUUUACAAUUCACAAAGGAAGCAUUGAAGAUCGUCUUAAAGAAUUCCUGGCGCUUGCGUCCUCCAGUCUACUGAAAAUUGGCCAGGAGACUGAUAAAACAACAACAAGAAAUAGAGAAUCUGUUUAUUUACUGCUAGAUAUGAUUGUGCAGGAAUCCCCAUUCCUGACAAUGGAUCUUUUGGAAUCUUGUUUUCCUUAUGUCUUGCUGAGAAAUGCAUACCAUGCUGUCUACAAGCAAAGUGUUACAUCUUCUGCAUAA